AUGCCGAAGAACAGCAAGGUGACCCAGCGGGAGCACAGCAAUGAGCACGUCACCGAGUCGGUGGCUGACCUGCUGGCUCAUGAGGAGCCGCUGGACUACAAGAGCAGCGUGAUGAACAUGGGCGCGGCUGGCGGAGCGCCGGCGCAGAAGGGCAAGGCGCCCGAGGACUCGCCCGACGCAUCCGACGGACGGCCCGCCUGGAAUAGCAAGCUGCAGUACAUUCUGGCCCAGGUGGGAUUCUCCGUGGGACUGGGCAACGUGUGGCGCUUCCCGUACCUCUGUCAGAAGAAUGGAGGAGGUGCCUAUCUGGUCCCGUACUUCAUCCUCCUCCUUAUCAUCGGGAUCCCCCUCUUCUUCUUGGAGCUUGCAGUGGGCCAGAAGAUCCGCCGGGGAAGUAUCGGGGUGUGGAACUAUGUUUGCCCACGGCUUGGAGGAAUCGGGGUCUCUAGCCUGAUGGUGUGCGGCUUUGUGGGCCUUUACUACAACGUCAUCAUCGGCUGGAGCAUCUUCUACUUCUUCCAGUCCUUCCAGUACCCCCUGCCCUGGAGCGAAUGCCCCAUCAGGAGGAACGGGACGCAAGCCAUUGUGGAGCCCGAGUGUGAGAAGAGCUCCGCCACGACCUAUUUCUGGUACCGGCAGACGCUGAACAUCACCAGCACCAUCGCCGACAGCGGCGGCCUGAACUGGAGGAUGACCCUGUCCCUGCUGGCAGCCUGGUUCAUCGUCUGCCUGGCCGUCAUCAAGGGCAUCCAGUCCUCGGGGAAGGUGAUGUACUUCAGCUCCCUCUUCCCCUACGUGGUGCUCUUCUGUUUCCUGGUCCGCGGGCUCAUGCUCAGGGGCUCUGUUGAUGGCAUUGCUCACAUGUUCACACCCAAGCUGGAGAAGAUGCUGGAACCACAGGUGUGGCGUGAGGCUGCCACGCAGGUCUUCUUCGCUCUGGGUCUGGGCUUUGGAGGUGUCAUUGCAUUCUCCAGCUACAACAAGCAGGACAACAACUGCCACUUCGACGCCGCGCUGGUCUCCAUCAUCAACUUUGUCACCUCAGUGCUGGCCACACUGGUGGUGUUCGCCGUGUUGGGCUUUAAGGCCAACUUAAUGAAUGAGAAGUGCGUCGUCGAGAACGCCGAGAAGAUCCUGGGCUACCUUAACUCCCAUGUGCUGAGCUACGACCUCAUCCCUCCGCACGUCAACUUCUCCCACCUGUCCAGCUCGGACUACGCCGAGAUGUACGGCGUCAUCAAGACGGUGAGGGAGGGCAGCUUCGCCCAGCUGGGCUUGGACCCCUGUCUGCUAGAGGAUGAGCUGAACAAGGCAGUCCAAGGCACAGGCCUGGCCUUCAUCGCCUUCACUGAGGCCAUGACGCACUUCCCGGCCUCACCUUUCUGGUCUGUCAUGUUCUUCUUCAUGCUUAUUAACCUUGGCCUGGGCAGCAUGAUUGGCACCAUGGAGGGUAUCACCACUCCUGUCCUCGAUACCUUCAAGGUGCGCAAGGAAGUGUUCACAGUGUGCUGUUGCAUUGUUGCCUUCCUGUUCGGCCUCCUGUUCGUCCAAAGAUCAGGGAACUACUUUGUCACGAUGUUCGAUGACUACUCCGCUGGCUUGCCCCUCACCAUUGUUGUCAUCCUAGAGAACGUCUCAGUCGCAUGGAUCUAUGGCACCAAGAGGUUCAUGCAGGACCUGGAGGACAUGCUCGGCUUCCGACCUUAUGCCUUCUACUUCUACAUGUGGAAGUACGUCUCUCCAUUCUGUCUGAUUAUCCUCAUCUCUGCCACCAUCAUCGAGAUGGCUGUCGUCCCACCAGGGUACAACGCCUGGGUGCAGGACCUGGCUGCAGAGCGCUUCCAGAGCUACCCCCCCUGGGCUAUGACUAUGUGCUUCGCCCUCAUCGGGGUGGCCAUGCUGCCACUGCCCAUCGUCUUCAUCGCCCGGCAGUUCAACCUGAUGUCCGACGGCUCCAACAAGCUGUCCGUCUCCUACAAGAAGGGGAUGAUGAAGGACAUGUCCAACUUGGAGGACCAGGAUGAGACGCGCUUCAUCCUCAGCAAGAACCCCAGCGAGACACCCUCCCCCAUGCCCACUCACCGCUCCUAUCUGGGCCCCUGCAGUACCUCCCCCAUGGAGAUGACCAGCAGCGCCCCCAGCAGCCGCUAUGGGACCGGAUACCAGAUGGCUGUCACACCUGAGUCCGAACUAUGAUCCUCAGCCAGCUUCCCUUCCUCCAGCGCUCAUCACGCCCCUCAGAGAGGCCAGCCAGGGUUGGCACAGUGUUCUCUCCCACCUCAACCCCCCCACACUCCAGGCAGGACAUCCCACAACCCUGCUCCAUAGUUUUGUCCCCUCCUUCCAGGUGAAGAGAAGGAAGACCAAGAACUCAAAAUCUGUUUAUCAACCCAUUCCAUCUGCUGAGCUUACAAAUAGGUAUGACUUCAGUGAAUUAGGAGGUACCUACCCCACGUGCUGCUGUGAUGAUGUCUGUUGGGGGGGGGUGAAGACUCCCCACCAUCCCUCAGGACUCUCUAGAGUCUGCGCUGGUUGAGGUGCCCGAAACACUGCAACACCCCAAACUUCAGCCCCCAGUACAGGGCUAUGGGUGGGGUGGGGUGGGAGGGUCUAAAAUGAAAGAUGAGCUCUCAGACCCGGUUUCUUUUCCCAAAGAAAGGGUGUAUAAAUAUCCUAGGUAGUUAACUAAGGCUUGUAAAGUAGCAAAUUUCAAGCUCUGCUUUUUUCUGUUCUGUAUAUUCAGGUAAGUUGCGUUGCCUUAUUCGGCUCAUGGGAGUUUUACUUACACAAAAAAGUUCUGAGGACAGAAGGAAAAAUUAUUAAUUCAGUGAGAUAACCAAUCAGAUUGUAGAGGAGGUGGGUCCAAGCAACUAGAGGAUAUAGGAGCAAGACAUCUGAUUAGUCCCACCUCUAGUUGCAGGGACCCACCUCCUCUACAUUAUGAUUGGUUGUCUCUCUGAACCAAUUAUUUUUCCUUCUGCCCUCAGAACACUUUUGCCUAAGUAAAAUUCCCAUGAGUCCUUAUAUGCUCUGAGCUUCUCGGAGUCCAUCGGCAUUGUUCUCAUUGCCACAGGCCCAGAAAGGGAUAAAAAAAGAGCACAGAAUCCUCGGCCUCUAUAUAGGAAGGGGGGGGGGGGGCUGCCUGCGGUUGCAUGUGCAUCGUGGGGCCGUGUCCAUAUUCACAGUGUGAAGCACUAGAAAAGCUCCUGUACCGACCUGGAUCUCUGUCCAUAAAUCGAAUUACCAGCAACCCGCACACCGUCUGGCUACGGGAGACACAUCUUUCUGGUCACACGAGCGGCCCAUAAUUUAGCAUGUUUCGUGAUUUAUUGCCGUUAGAAAAGCUUUUGUGGCUCUGAGUAGCACGGUACACAAACAUUGUAAAGAUAAAGUAAUAAGUAUGUGUAUGUCGGUAGAAUACAGGUAACAACCUUAAGCACACAUAGGUAGAAAACACGGUGAAUGAACGUAAUCUGAGCCUUUAAAACACUGGUAACGUUUUAUGAAAACUAUGGGGAUGCAGACCAUUUGGCUAUAUCUCGACAAAAAUGGAUCGUUUCAGAGUCUUAUGCUGGCUUGUGCUCUGUGCCCACCUCCCUGGCUGACACCCUGCAAGACCAUUGUGAAAUUAAGCAUCAUUUACUGUAGGCCAAAAAUCAAACAGGUGCAUUGUGGGAUUAAAAUAUUUUUUGGCCUUUCUUUGCUUUGCUCUCCUUCAGUAUUAGAAAGGCUCUAUAAAAGUAAAUAAUAAUUAUUAUUAUCAUUGAUUAUUAUUAAUAAUAAUAAUUAUUAUUAUUAUUAUUAUCAUUGAUUUAUAAUAAUAAUAAUAAUUAUUAUUAUUGUUAUUAUUAUUAUUAUCAUCCCAAUAUGCCAGAUGCCCACAUAGAGAUGAAGCAUUACCAGGACUCAUCAAACCGCCACCAGCUUUUGGUUUUGUGGCUUGUCAUCACAGAUCAGCACAUGAUCUGCGUGUCUGGCUGGUCCGAAGCCCAAACGGCUUCCGAUGGGAAGCUCUCCCUCAGCUGUGCUCCGCAUGUCACCGGGAUUUCAGUUGCCACACACCUAGAGGCCACAACAUGUUCUGUUUGCCCAAAGCUAUAAGAAAAACAGUCUGGAUACAACACGGGCACCUUUAACAGUGGCAAAGAAGCACACAGCGGAAGCACAUACUAUCUCUGUCCCUAAAAAUAACUGCACAAUCGGGAUAAUGUGGAUAUAAAGAUUUGACCUCUCCAUGCUUGUUAUAGCUUUUCCAGUUUAAUAUACGACCAUCAAAGCACAAAGGAAUAUUUUGGUACAGUGCACCUUGAUGAGGUGUCACUUACUAAUUAAAUUUAGCACUGCCAGUGCAGUUUUAAUAAGCAACAAUAUGUGUGUACUCUACAAAAAUGUACUGCAUUCCUGUGAAACAGACGAGGAUAUUUUAUUUCCUUUAUUUAAGUUUUAGGACACCAUGCUAUUGGUUAUCACUCAUUCUUGCCUAGUCAGGAUUAGUAGCAUGUAGUUGAAUAUUAACACUUUUAUUUAUUGACUCAUCCAUUAUGGAUUGUGGACCAAAUCCUAGGAAACACAGGGCAUAAGUUAAUACACAGUGAGCGAGACAGCAGUCCCUCUGAGGAUGCACAGACACAUUUUUCCUUGCACAGUAAAGAGCGAUUGAGAGUUACUGAAAGCCUCACGAAACGCAGAAGGAAACUGGAGGACAUGCAGGAGCCCUGGCAGAACCUCAGAGACGUAAAUAUGCUUGAAUUAGGUGAACCACUGUAUUUAAGUCCUCAUAGAAAAGUAAUUGUUGUGUGAAGUCCUUUUAUCUCCCAGUGUAACGCUUCACUAUGAGGACUUAACAGGAUCGUCUCUAUGUCUGGUGUUACCCAGUCAAUGUCCAUUUGUGGCUUUCAGUUGAUUGGUGGUAAAACCCUAAAUAUGAAAUCAUUUGAAACACGACUUCCGUUCCCUGCGAUUACAAAACCGGGUUGAAUUUCAUUACCUCUGUCCUUGUGGUUUAUAAAAUACCGCCACACAAAUAUAUAAUAAUUGUUUACUUUUAUUGUCUUUAAUGAUCAUUUUAUGUGACACUAGAAGCCAUGCUAUUAUCUCUAAAAUCAACUGCUAUAUUUAUAUUAUUGUAAAAUUAAUGUGUAUAUGUCAGUGUACAUUCUGAUAAAUUAACAAAGCUUAAUCUGUUCAAGUGAGAGUAAAUAUUUUCAUCUCGUGUGUUGUAUAUACAUCAAUGUAUAUUUGAAAAUACGUUAAAUUUUUGUAGUCAGUGUCCCAAAUCUCCUGCUGGAGAAGGAAGCGGAGGGUUAAAGGAAAACUGGAGGGGGUCGUGUUCGUCGAACACUUCUCCGAGUUUGGCCAUGUGACGUGAAACGUAUUCCGGUUCGAACUGUUUCGAUCUUGUGAUGGUGUGCGUAACCUUAUCUGCACUGUGAAUCCCGGUUCAGUGUAUCAGUGUAUAGUUUAAAAAAAAAAAAAAAAAACCUACAGAAAAUUUUUUCCUGUAUGUACCACUCUAGUUAACUCAGUAUGCGGCUUCAGCGCCCCCUUAGGGUCAUUUGGUGUAGGUGCUUGAGUUUCACGCUUGUGUAGUGCUAACAAGCCUCCAUUCUAUCGGAGGCUGUACCUUUUACAUUUUAGCAAAUCUGUGCUGCCUUCACCACAUCCCUGCCAGGCACUUUCAGUAUUUUAGGCUUCAGGAAUCUCCUUGAUUCACCUCCAGCCAAUACAGAUGGGAUGUAAACAUUGGUCGUUUUCAUUACAGGUAUAUUGUUACUAUGUGUGCAAUAAUUAUAGGACUUUAAACAAAAGAUUAAAAGAUAUUUUCUUUAAAGAACUUUAUUUGCAAAAUAAAUAUAUAUGUAUUUAUAUGUUUACGUAUGUCUUAACACUGCAGUCUGUAAGCACAGUUACCAUGAGUGAUAUUGUUGGAUGUGGAUGCUUUAUUUUUAAUUACAAAAAAACCUUUAGCUCAGUUUUAGCUCAUAGUGCUUAUCUGGCUCUUUCAUUGAACUUUUUGUCUUCUAAAAGCCAGACAAUACUACCGUCUCUGUCUCUGUAGAAGCAAUAUCUCUUGUUUAAUCAAUGGGAGCUGGAUGGAAGAUGCACCCCUUGGAAAUGACAAGGAUGCAGACGGCUGUAUAUAGAGGGGAGAGUGCGCCCCUAGUGGUAAAAGCGCUGUAAUGACUUGUGUUGUGUGUAUGUCUGUAUUUUUUUUUUUUUUCCUCUGCUGAUUAUUAAUAGCAUUUAGCCUCACUCGGCCCAUGUCUCUAACAGUUUUGUAAAUGUUGAAAGCACAUUCGAAGACUACACACCUGUCAUCACAAUGAGUUAGCCUAGUUUUGAUGAAUGUACAGUAUUGAAACUUUGUGUGGAACAACCUGAAUAAAGAAUCGUGGAUAUCAACAGAAGUGUCAAUAAAACUGAAAUUUACUCUGUCCA